UACGCGAAUCGGUGGUCCCGACCUUCUGCAGCGCUGAAAACGAGCCGCGUCGCUUCCUUCUCUCACCUCAGACGUUCUCUCGUCUUUUCUUUGGAAUUCAAACGUUUCUUUUGGCAUAUCAUCCGCCAAUCUCGUGAUUUCUGAUUUCGGCGCUGGAAUUCCCGCCACCGUUCUACUUUUUCUCCGGAGGCAGAGAGCUCUGCCUAGUUUAUGCCCUUUUUGGAUAUCUUUCCAUUUCAAGGUCUCUUUCUACUCGUCCGGGGGGAAAACCCAUCUCCAGAAAUUCUCGAUUUACGCGUUUUAGCACUGCGUUUGGCAGAAUCCAAAUUGGGUUUUCUAUAUAUAUAUAUAUUUUCAAUUGGAGAAAAACCCAUUUUCAGAAAGUCUGGAUUUUACGCAUUUCAGCGCCUGUUUUGCAGAAUCUGAGUUGGGUUUUUUACUGGGUUUUGGCUACUCUGUUUUUCCACCUGAAGAUUUUCCAAGCUAAUAUUCGGGUUUAUGCGUUUUCACAGCAGAAUUCUGAAAUAGAAAGUUCGACAUUCUUUCUGUUUCAAAGCCUUUUCCCAUUCAUUUGGAUAAAUACCCGUCUCCAGAAAGUCUGGAUUCUCGCGUUUCAGUGUUCGUUUGAGCAGAAUUCGAAUUGGGUUUUUUCUGGGUUUUGGUUAGCAAGCUGAGAAAAAAGCCUUGUGCCCAGAGCUUUUAGAUUUACGUUUGGAAGCACGGAAUCGGUGGAAUUUUUAAAUGGGAUUUUCUAGAAUUCGAGUUGGAUUGUUGGCGUUUUAGAGGUUUUGGUGAGGUUUACCAGAAGAAGAUACUUUCCUUUUGCUGUUGUUUGUGUCAUAGAUUUCAGUGGUUUUCGCCUUAUUUGGUUGAAUUCGAGUUGGGUUUUUAGUGUUUUUGGGGUUUUCUAAUUCCAAUCUACUGAUUUCUGUGGCCCCCAUUUUCAUUGUAUUAGAAUUGGAUUUUUUGGGGUUUUGGGUUUAAGCAACUUCUCCUCUUUCUGUGGAUUUUUUUUCUUCUAUUCCAUAGAUUUUUCUUCUCCUGAGAGUAUAAAUUUCUGCUUCUUGUUGCUUAUCUUGUUGAAUUUGAGCUUGGUUUUUUGAGAAUUAUUGGGAAUUUGGGUUUUUGGAAUUUGGUUCUUCUUCAGACACAUUCGAAGCCGAAUCGUUGGUAGCAAGCUCAAAUUGACUGAGUUCUUAGACUUAUAGGAGUUUAAUUGAAAAGAAUUUUGUGCGUUUUAGGAUUUUAACUGCAUUUUGAGUUUUAGCUCGAAUUCGUUCCACCGGAUUUCCUUGUCCAAUCAAUUGGAAGAAAAUUAAAAGAAAAACACUGGGUUUAGGGUUUUAGACAUUGAAUUUCAGCUAGAUUUCAAGGUUCUAGACCUGAAUUCCAUUGGAUUUUUUUGGUUUACAUUCAUCAAUAUUCUAUAGCUCAUAGGCAAUUCGUAGAUUUCAUUCAACUGCAAAUGUCUUCGUGUUUAAGCGGAGGCGGGCGGGCCUAUGGAUUUGAUCUUGAAAUUGUGAAACCUCCAUCUCCAUCCACCUAUUCUUCUCAUUCAUCUUCUCCCUCCUCAACUAUCUCCGAAUCAAGCAAUUCUCCCCUUGCAAUCUCAACUAGAAAGCCCCGAACCCCUCGAAAACGGCCUAAUCAAACCUACACUGAAGCUGCUGCCCUCCUCUCUACAAUCUAUCCCAGUAUAUUUUCCACAAAACACCUUCAAAAGCCCUGCAAACACAUGAAAUCCUAUGACUCUUUCUCAGAAUCAUCUGAACUGUUACCGCCCUUUCCGGCAUUCGACAACCCUGGAUUCCCACUCCAACCAAUCCCUGAAAAACCCACUUUCCGAAUUGCUCCCAGGCCUGCGAAUUCCGGUGAGAAGUCCUGCCAUGGCCCGUCUGAAAUCGAUUUCAGGCCAAAUUCGCCCGCCCGCUGUGAUGGGUACGAAGAGGACUUCGAUGCUGGAUUGAUACUCGAUGAAGUCGACGAGGGCAUCGACAGCAUUAUGGGGAAUCUCAGCAUGUGCAACGAAUCCUACAGCGAUUCGAAUGAUUGCAGUGGCCAAACUAAUGAUUGGUGUGGAAAUCCAAUGGGGUUGGGUUUUGGCGGGAGAUUUGAAGUGGGGGUUGGGUUUGGUGGGAAUGUGAGGGCAUUGAGACACGUAGAGGAUGAGGAUUGGUGGAGGAAUCCGACCGUUGAGGUGAUUAACAUCCUUCCCAAAUUCAAAUCAUGUGAGAAGAAGAAGAAGAAAAAGAAGGUUGAAGAAGAUGAAUUGAAGGAUUUGAAGUCUGGUUUGUGCUUGAAAUUGAACUAUGAGGAUGUUUUGAGUGCAUGGUCCGAUCGCUCGCCAUUCUCAGACCAGAUUUCGAUGGCUACGGGCUCGACUGCGGAUGCCAUUGCCAGAUUAGCACAAUGUGAUUUAUUGUUGGGAAUUGGAGAUUGGAAGCAGCAUCAGGGCGAUGAGAUCGACGGCCAGAGAGAGGCGUGCGUAUUGAGAUACAAGGAGAAGAGGAGAACAAGGCUCUUCUCGAAGAAAAUCCGGUACCAAGUUCGCAAGGUGAAUGCUGAUCGACGGCCCAGAAUGAAGGGUCGGUUUGUUAGAAGGCCAUCCCUUCUGCAUUUGAGUAAUGGCGAGGGAUGAAAAAGGCCAUUGGAUAUGGAAAAUCACUCUUUCUUUCUUUCUUUCUCAUUUUCACUUAGAUCAGAACCAUCAAACUGAUGGGCCCCCAUCAGAUGUGCUUUGAAGAUUUAUACAAUCCGAUAAAAGAAGGAGACACGUCCAACAAACCCUAGAAAAAGCCACAGCCCUACAAAUUUUUUUCCAUAGUAAUCUGUGGAUUAUAUUUCUGUAGCUGUGAGAAUUUUGUAUUAUUCGGAAAAAGAAAGAAAACAUUAUUUUUUUUGAAAGGGUUAGAUUCCUGUGAUACAUCA